UCCCAAGCCCAACUUGCCGGAAGCGAAAAGAAAUUUUAGUGGCUGCAGCUGAAUCUGCAGAUGCAAAUGGAUAUUCUUUCUCGAGUCGGGACCUCCGUAUCCCAAUCCUUCUGGUCGCGAAAGCGGUCGUCGUCCUCGUCAUCUCCCUCAUCCUUCUCGCCAUUGAGGCCCUCGUGCUCUCGAAGGGAACCGCAGCGAGACGGCGGCGACGACGACCGCGGCAAGAAAGGUGAUAAGUUCUCAACAGACUGGGAUAAAGCAUGGUCGAGCUUCAGAAAACAGGGGAAGAAAAAUUUAUUUUCCGGGUUCUCGCCAAAUAAAUAUGUGAGUUGGAAUCCAAGACGGUCGGAUUACCCCCUCUCAGAGGAAGUUGAUCCCAUUAAGAGAACAGAGAGAUCGAACCUCAUGUUGUGGACCAGUCCUAGGUUUACACUGGUGGUAGCUAUUUUAAUUGUCACAUUUCUUCUGGUCUAUACUAUUCUUGCACCCAUUAAGUGACUUCUUAUAACUUCCUUAUAGAGGCUCAUUCUGUAAACUUGGCUGUAAGUAAUGAAUAAAUACUACCUUUUGUUUCCCCUGUUUAUAGAUAGAGCUAUUAUCAUGCAGUAAAUCGCGACGCGAACUGUAAAACUUGCACCAGUAUAUUCAUGAGCUGCGAUUGCAGUUCUUGUGGUGAGGUGAGAUCUUUUGAUCGAAAGGAUGCUAUAUGGUAACCCGUAUUUGAACAAAA